AUGCAGCGCCUGUCCUCUCAGGAGGAGGACUUGGCAGCAGGCUUGUUUCAAGAUCCACAGGAUGGUACAAGGGUGUUGCUGAGCACAGGCUACGAGCGUGAUCGUGCUCGUCGUUCUGGUUUGCGCCAACUUGAGACGAAGUUGUCGGAUGCAGGCCGCCAGCGCCAGGCUGCGGAGAAGCGAGUGCAAAGCAUGGAGGAGGAGUUGGCCAGUGCUCAGAAGCAGGUCAGCCUCUACCAAGAUCGCUUGGAGAGCCUUCAGCAGAAGCUGCAGUCUGCGGAGGAGGAGACUCAGCAGGAGAAGCUGCGGCUUGAAGCCUGCGGCAGAGAGAGGCUUCAUGUCGAGCAGGAGGAGGCUGCGGCCCGGGAGGGUCUGGAGAAGCUCCGAACAGUGAAGGUGCAGCUGGAGGAGGCCCUCAAGGCGAAUCUGGAGGUUCACAGCCAGCUCAAGGCCACCACUUCUCUCCUGCUUUGCCUUGUGCCUGCAAAAGCAUUUGCAAGUGGAGUCGCGCUGAAGGCCACGGGGCUUGCGCAGCAGGCAUCCGAUGAGCUCAGCUCCACACUCGAUGCAAGGCACAAGGAGGCCUUGACACGCCUGUCGAGCGUGGCCGAGGGCACGGCGGCAGCCACGGCAGGGCACGCAGACUUGGAGCGCUGGCAGCAGCGCCUGCAGGCUUGGUGCUUGUCCAUGCGAGUUGAUGCCAUACCCCAGUCUUCCGCAGAAGUAUUGUGCGUUCUGCAAGAACUCGAGGAGAGCAGCAAGGGCGCGAAUACCGUGAGCCUCUCUCUCCAGGAGGAGCUGCAGCGCGUCUUCGUCAGUACUGAGAAGCUCCGUCAAGAGCGGGAAGAGGUGUCUACCGGGACGGCUGAAAUCCAGUCAAAGCUGCGCGCCAUGGAGUCAGGUCUUGACACUGCCAGGAGGCGGACACGAGAGCUGGAGGCCCAUCUCGAGGAUGCGCAAUGUGAGACCAUGCGUGCCCGCCAGCACAAAGAAAGCUUGUUGCAGGAGGUCCAGCAAAGUCGGGAGAAGAUGCGAGGACUGCGAAAGAGGCAUACAAUGCUGACUGAGAAGGUGCAGAAUGCAGAGAGGCGACUGCUGCGCAGCCCUGCAGUCACAUCAGGAAUGAUGACAGAGAGAUCCAGGCGUCAUCCGCCCGUACGUGGCAAAGACAUCGUUCGUGAGAAGGCAAGGGGUGCGGAGCUGGCUGGCGCAGGUGGUCGCAUGUCGUUUCGCCUCAGCACUUGUGUUGCAUGUGUGGGGUGGGUGGAGGCAGGGACCAAUCUUGUCAGCAAGUUUGCUUAUCUUGAGGCUUCCCGGUCGCAGCUCAACAGCGGUUUCCACAUCGGCUGCUUCAACUGCCGUGGUACCUGGUCCACCUGCAACUCCUUCGUCUGCCGUACCAGCAUCAACGCCGGAACCACCGACGCCGACAGCAUUGCCCACGAUGAUGGGGUUGACCUCGAGCAGCUCAAGAAGCAAUGCAGCCACGCCUGUGUGCGCGCGAAGAAGAUCGCCGCGAAAAUCGCGGGCGAGUCCGAGAAAAAGUCAGACGCCGAUGCCGACCUCCUUCCGCUCAUUCAGCUAACUUGCUUUCGGUGUGUGCACUGCUACUACGACCCUAGACCAAAGACGUACCUGGGCCAGCGGGAAGACUGGCCUGUUGUCGCUUUGGGAGCAGUUUUUCUGAGUCUCAAGAUCUCCGGCUUGCCGAAACGCGCGAAGAUCAUCACAAAGUUCCAUGAUGUCGUUGCAUGCGAAGGCUGCCCAGCAUCCACCCAUGACUUGAGUGAGAAGGACCAUGAUCUCCUUGUCACCCGCUUCCUAGGGGUCGAGUCGCAAAUGAUGUAUCUUCUUGGCUUCGACUUCGCUUAUGAGCAGUGGUCCCCGAAGAUACAGAUUGAGAAGAAAGUCAGCCGACUGGUUGACUAUCUCUUUUCCCUGCCAGAGUGGCAAAAUGCCAAGAGAAACGCGCAGCAAAAAUCGCGAGAUGCUGCAAGGAAAGUCAUCCCAACAACUGCACUCCGGUUCUAUUUGCAGCUGGCAGAGAUGCAUGACGUUGGCAACGUCGAUGGCGGUGUCGUUGACGCAGUCAUGGUCAUGGCAUACAAGUUUUACAUCAAAGGAGUAGAGUUUUCAGAGAAGGGCCCAGAGGUCUUCGAUCUUGUGUUACGCAGCCAACUGGGAGACGAGGCUGCAAACAUGGCUGCGGAAGGCUCGAACGAGCUGGAGCAAGGUGGGCUCAAGAGCCCCGAUGAAGACCAAGCUCGGAAUGAAGCCAGCAGCAGAAGAAGCAAGCUGAGACUGACCAGAGAGAGCGAGAACACCAAGCGGGACAGACCUGAUGAGGGCACGAUGGACAGCCAGGAGGCCAAGUGCAGGAAAACUAACGGCACCUUCCAGCACAAAGUGCUCAAGGAGAAGGUCGAGUUUGUCAUGACCUUGUUUCGGAACAAAGGAGGACAGUGA